CCUAACCCUACCCAUAACUUAAACCUAAAAUCAGAGGGAAAUGACAUUUGAAAUACACCGUUGUGGAAGCACCUAACCCUGGUUGUAAGCCUAAACUUGACAUAAAUGGUAAACUUGUCCCUCAAAUCUGAUUGGUUGUUUGGAAUGUUGUUCCAGGAUCAACAAAGAUGUUGAUCCAGGAAUAUGUUGUACUUGGUGAAAUCACGUUCACCAACCAACUGUCACAAGCGCCUUCAUGAGAGUCUACUUUGUGUUUGAUGAAGCACAUUAUAAUGAGCGGCGCCGGCAACUGUGUCAUAAUAAUAGUUCCGCUGCUUGUGUGUUGCACAAUCACUCCAGUGGCCUCGAUCAGCUCCCACAACACUCGGUCCUGCUCUGCUUCAUACCACAUCACCAACAUGAUUUCUUCCCGAGUCCUAUCCCAAUUGUUUUCCACCUUCCAUUGAGGUGAAGACCACAUGUCUCAAGAUUCUGCGCUCAAACUUGGCUUCAUCAAGCUACUCCUUUGUUUUGAACAGGCCUCUAGCGACCUCUAGCGGACAGAAUUCUUACAUACUGCACCUUUAAUAUGCCUACUCAUAAAAAAACAUAUUAAGUAAAUGAGAUAACUGAGGUAAAAGUCAUACUCAUAGUUAAUAGUGAAUAAGUUUCCCCACAUCUUUCUGUAGCUGAAAUGUCUUCACUGUGUUUUAUGUGCUUUACCCACCUCAUGUUUAACUUUUUCUGCCAUUCCCCACUUUGGAGGUGGGGAAGGGUUCCGAGCCCCACUUGUCCCCAAUCGUCCCAACAAAAUGGUAAUAAAUUAGGCUUUUAGUUUAUCUGUUAAAAUUUGUGUGAAAUGUAUUUUAUUAACAUCACAUUUUAAAAAAAAAUAACUUCAAAUAGCAGCAUUAGAAACUUUAAAAUAGAGAAAAAAGUGCAAUUAUAUUAUUACUUUGUAUGAAAAUACUUUGUUCAAAAGUAAAUAAAAAUAACAAUUGAUGAACUGAUUCCUGUGUUUUCAGCUCCUCCAGAUGUGCAUAUGUUUGCAAUAAGGUAUAUCAAGUACAAAACCAGGCUGAAACUCACCUGUAUGGUCACUGGCUUCUACCACAAAGACCUGAUGAUGAACAUUAGGAAAUAUCGAGCAUCUCUGCCUGAAAAUGAGAUUAAAUCCACAGGAAUCAGACCGAACCAUGAUGGAUCAUUCCAGAUGAAGAAGAGUGUGGAGAUCAAGGAGGGGGAUGAAAGAGCAGUAUAUUAUUGUUGGGUGUUACACAAAUCCCUCAAAGAACCAAUUAUCAACAUAUGGGAUGGAAAAUGCUGGGACUGCCCAUCAGAGAUUCCCACUGGAGCAGUGAUUGGAGCUGAGCUUGUCCUGGCAGCUUUUGUUUUUUUGGUUUUCAAAAGGAUUAAUGGACGAGAAAGCACUGGUGAAAUAUCAGACGUCAAAGCUACUAGCUCUCAGGAGGAUAUUAACCCACUGGAAAGUGGAGUGGAUGAGAGAAAUCGACCAACCUUAGUGCACCUUCAAGAGACCAAGGUCCCUGGUCCUCCACACAGUUUUUACCAGUUGGCACAUAUGAAUACAAACUAUAACAGCAGGUGAACAAAUAUACUGACUAAUUUCCCGGAGCAUGGAGGUCCCUGCAGAGAAGAAAAUCCUUCUGGAAACCCUGGAUGAUUUGGAAAGUGACAAUAUUAAGAGGUUCAAGUGGCAUUUGAAACAUCGUGGGUUAGUUCCAGCCUCUCUCAUUGAGAAUGCAGUUAACACUGACGUAGUGGAUGUGAUGAUGAAUAGGUUUCCACUAGAUGGAGCUUUGAUUCUCACAGUGGACAUCCUGAAGGAGAUGGAUCAAAACCAUCUGGCUGAACAAAUAAUGAAAUAUUUAACCCUUGAAUGCAUUCAUUACCCUUCUCCUCAUUCAUUUUUUAAAGUUAGACAUCAACCUUCUAGGUAUUCCUUAAUCAAUUCAUUAUAAAGAAUAUAACAAGAAAAAAAUCAUAAAAUUAUAAAAG